GACACUUUCAUAGACUUCAAUAAACCACUUUGAAGCUGCCGUCUCGUUAGCAAUUGUCUAUUCAGUAAAAUAUAGAGAUCAUUGUACACCGGAAGAAUUUAUUUUUUGUGUGAGUUUAUUAAUUAAUUAUUUUUAUCUUCAUUACAAGAAAGUAUAGUAGAGUGACACAUUUACUCGUUGCCAGACGAAAAUCGGAGACCAACAUGAAAUUUGAAACAACCCUAGUACAGUGAAACAAAAAUUACUGUACAUUUUAUUUUGUCAGAAAAGGGUUUGGGUAUUUUUAUCGACCUUUAUUCGCUAAUUGCUCUGAUAUUAUUUUCAACUGAAGACUGCUGAGGUGUGUUGGUAGUCUGACUGAAUAUGCAAGAUGCCUUGUCGCUUGGUACUCUCUGGGCGUACGCCAUUUCAUCGCUAAACGCGUGAAUUUACGUGAUCUGCAAUAGAACGAGGGGAGUUUGAAGAAAGAAGUGAAGUAUUAUAUGUGUUUGUAUAAUAUUUUCAGUAGAGUACAUUAUUUUCUUUGUAAAUUAUUCUCAUAUUUCGUCUACCUGGUGAAAAGCUUUGUUUGUGAAAUACUAAACAUUAGUUUUGAAAUACAACACUCAAAUGUGGGCAUAUAUUGUUAAGCUGUCGUCAGAAUUGACUGUGGACAACCUUACUUCUUUAGUCCUAUGUUCGGAUAAAAUAUUCUGCAUAAAAGUGUGUCUUCUUAGGAAUGGCACAUGAGAUUGUGCCAAAGCGAGUAAAUAUGUCUCUCUUCACUGCAAUUGAAACGUGUUGUCAGCAUGUAGCAGAUUUGAAAGUGUCUAUGAACCAGUCUUUUUGUACUCUUCAGAGAGAUGUUGGAAAUAUAUCUUCAUCAUAUCAAAGGAUUGAGCAGAGAAUGGACGCUUUAGAAAAAGUUGUAAAUAGUAUGACAAGAUGUGAAAAUCAUCGUCAUCAAUGUUGUGAAGAAGUUUUGAAAAAAAUCAAUAGUGUUGAGAAUCUAUUGAAAACAAUUUCUGUAGGGAAUCGAUCUUCGGGCAGUUUGAAUAAUAUUGAGGAAAGCAGUUCAGAUAUUCCAGCAUCGCCAAUUGUUCUUAUAAGAAAUAACAAACCAGCACAAGUUAGUGCUUCUUUGUGUUUGGAUUCUACUGUUCAAGUAAUCACAUUAAAUUCUGAAUCAGAUUACCCUGAUGGUUCAUGGCUUGGAGAUGAAACCAAUCCAGAAUUAAGAGUACGGUGCCCCAUAUCUCCUCCGAAUUUACUUCAUAUAAAUACAUUUUGUCAAACUCCAGAAAAAAUGGCUGUGACCUUGCUUGAUUAUCUGUUCUCAAGAGAAGUGUUAGCUAUAUCCAAUUUAUCAGGGAAAGGCAAACAUGGAAAAAGGCAGCUGGAUCCUUUAAUGGUGAUCCAUACAACUCAAGGUGACAUAAAAGUUUUACAUGCUACUCCUGAACAGCUAGUUCGUAUUCAAGAAACUCGCCACAUUCAAGUUCUCAGUGAAGACCUUAUUCUACCAGUCUUGAGGGAUUAUCCACAAAUGCUAGUUGGAGCGGAUGAUGAAGAUGGUACUUCAGAACAAGUUUUAACAAUAGGUGAACAGAAUUUAACAAUUCCUGCAUCUGGAAUGAAUAUUGAUGUUAAUGAAGUUGAUAUAAAUGCAACUGAAUUUGUAGAAGUACAAGAUUCUUCAAUGACAUCUCAGGUAUUGGAUAAUGAUGAUGAAUUAACAUUACAUAACGCACAUUCAGAUCAGUUGCAGGCUUUUGUCUCGAUACAAUGAUUGGUAUAAAGUUUCCUUGCGAUCUUUACAUUUGCAGCUACAAAUCCUGUGCAGUAAAACCUUGUUAAUUUUUUGCAAUAUAAUUUUCAGUAUCUGAGUGUUUGAAUCUCACACAAACUAUUGCCUUUCUUGUUUUGAUUUUUAAUUGUAUAAAUAUCUAUUAUUUACGCAAAAGUGGCCCUUACUCUCUCACCAGAGCAGGUAUAACUUUUAAUAUAUGUAUAUAUUUAAGAUUUUCCUGAUAUAUUUUAUUAUUGUUUUCUCUUUAUUAUUAAGAAUUUUCCUUGGAAGCAUCAAAGCACCUAUAGAGUGUGAAUGGCGGGUGCACUUUCAAUUUCUAAAUUGAUUUUUACUUUUGUAACCUGUUGUCAAUCGUGCCUUAUAGAUAACAGAUAUUAUUUAUCUGACCUCCUCAGUAAUUUGGACAAAUUAUGAUUUUUUCCCAUUUGGGCCUAUUAAAAUUUCAUCCAAUUUUGCUUGCUUGCUUUUUUUUUUUCUGCUACUGCUCUGUAUUUUGGCACUGCCCCAAAGUUUCUUCAUUGUAACAUCCCUUAAUAUAAUUUCAAUAUACAUAUGUACUAGGAAUUUCAGCAAUUACGGACAUCCCUAAUAGUUUUUAAACAGUGCACAAGAUGAAAAUGUAGAGCAUGCUCAACAAUACUGAAGUAUGUGGGCAGUAAUGUGCCAUAUAGCUAUUUGAAGUAUUUUUUAUUUUGGGGACGCUGAACCAUCUUUGAUAUUGUAAAUCAAACCGAACAGUUGCAAUUUUAAAACCUAAUAAUAUUUAAUUUGUUAAUGUUUGAAAAAUAGUACUGAGAAAAAUCUGUUUCUGCCACUUCAUAUGAAAUUAAAUGUAUUACUAGCAAUUUCCUUUUAGUUUCCUUUACAGUGGAGGACAAAGGUUGCUGCUAAGGGGCAGAUGGCCUUGCCCUUGUCCUGGCCAUCACAGCGCUGAGACAGUUGCAGCUGUUGCUAGGAUAACCUGCCAGUGAUUCUUAUUUAUUUUAUAAUUAUCUUCGUGCUUUCUGACAUUCAUAAACUAGAUGGCAGAAUUUGUUUAACUCCAUAUGCAUAAAUACUGUAUAAACAUUAAUAAGUUACAAGAUAUUUUCCUUUUUUUUUCAAGAUGGAAACUAGGACUAAGAUGGAACUUUGAAUUUGGAAAUCUUUUUUUAUCUCUUGGAGAUUAAAAUUUUUUUAAAAAACAACUGGUCUAUUUAGAAUAUGAAAGUUGGUUCAGUUAAAUCUGAAAAUUAAAUAAUAAUGAACAAUUGGUCAGCAGCACAGUAAUUGCCCUCCUGAUUCACUAUUGUGGAGCAAAUUACAAUUUUUAUAUUGCACACUAGAUGUUAUCGCAGGUGUCCAUAGUGGGUGGGAUGUCCAGCGAUAAAAUUAAAAACACAAACCCCUUGUUCUUCUCAGAGAAUUUCCACAUAAUUGCAUUUUAACAUAUUUUAUUUAAAAGGGGGGAAAAAGUCGAAUGUCUUCACUUAGUGAAUGCGAUGUUAUAGCAUGAAUGAUUUUAGAAGUAAAUAUUUUUUUAUUUAAUUUAUUUAUUUAUGUACAUAGGUAAAUUACUCUUUAUUUCAAGGUUGAAUCUGUGAAUUCUUUCAUUUAGUAAUAAUUUUAAAGUACAGUGAAUUCUGUCUUAAGCAGCCACCAACAGUUGCAGUCAAAAUUAGUGUUAAUAGAGAUGAUUAAUUAAGAUUAUGAAGUUAGUGGAUGUGUAAAUCAAAUAUAUUGAUUAAUUACUGUGAAAUGAGAUGUGUUGUCUUCAACAUUUUUUAUCACAUAUCAACAAGGGCACUCAGAGGAAACAAUGAGUCUUGGGGUAGUAGACCCAUUGGGCCUCCCAUUUCAAACAAAAGUCCUUUCCCACCAAUCCAUAAACAGAAUUCAUUUCUGCAUAUAAAAGACAUAACUUAUAAAUACAGCACAGAAGUUCAGGCAUUUAUUUUACCUCAAAUAAGCAGGCAAAACACAAUUUACUUUUCAAAUAGGCAUGAAAAAAGGCUUCUAUUCUAGCUUAAGUAGGAGUACAAAAGGUGUGUAAACAAUGAAAAACCACAUACAAACAGAACUAUUAUAAGAAAUUAAUAAUUAAAAUGAUUCACAUUUCUAUUUUAACUCUAAAUCUUACAGUAGCUCUUAAUGUGAAAAGAAACAAUCUUUUCUUUGUAAUCUUGGUUCCACAUGACCAUUCGGUAUGGUGGCUACAAAUUUGUUUUAUUCAUGGCACUGUCUCUUCAAAAAGAUAUUGUGGACUCCGUUUUGAAUCUUGAAACAACAUGAGUGAAAACCGACUUAUAUUUUUCGUUCUUCACACUUGUGUAAUCACCUGUACUGAGGAGGGUAUAUCAGAGAGCUGUCCUCAAAAACGUUUCUAGGCCAGACUCAAAAGUAGGAUGGGAUUCUUCAAUUGCAAUUAAAGCCUGUUGACAUCGAUGAAAAAAUCAAAAAUAAUUUUUAAUACAGCUUCUGCUUUCACAGAAAGACAAAACACAAACACGCCUUUGUGUUGCCUAGGAUUGCAGGUAUGUAUCUAGCUUGAUCAAAAUUUCUGCCUGGAGGGAAAAAGCAAAAUAAUGAAGUUAAAGGUAAAAUAAGACAAAAUGGUAAACAUAGGCAUCAGAAGCUAAAAUAGGCAAAACGAAAAUUACUAAAAUUAACACCAGAAGCACAAUAAGUGAUUCCUAAUGUCAAAAGUCAUGAAAUAUUAUUACAAAAAGGUAUUUUGCCAAACUUCCGGGCUCUAGUUAUAAAAGUUGAUUUGAAUUGAGAGUAAAUAUAUUUAUUUGUUUUUAUUGAGGGGAAAAUUGGGGCUCCUAAUAAGUUGCUCCAGCAGCAAAUCUACACCCAUCAUGUUUUUUUGGGGGGGGCUGACUGUAAAUGAUAAAAUACAAUGUAAACAAGGUAUUUAGGAUUAAUUACCUCCUCUCAGCUAAUAACACCAUAUCCUUGACUUAUCACUCAUUUUUUUUAAAUUAAAAAAUUCACUUUCCAUCCUCCUGAAACAAGCAAGUCAACUACAGCUCUGCGCAGUUGAAGAUGGAAUUAUUAUCAUGCAGAAUGUUUACAGUUGGUCUAUCUGACAAAGGAGUUAGCAAAUUACGUUUUUAACACACCUUUAACGAAACUCGGUUCCUUGUGCUUGUUUUAUGUGUGCGAAACCUAAUUUGUUCACAAUGUGUGAAACAUUGUAAUGAUUAACAAUUAUUGUCUUUCGUCUUGACCACAUCUUUGUUUAUAAUUUAGAAAAAAUAGUGUUACAACACCAACUGGAAUCCAUUUACUUUGUACGAAAAUGGUAAAAUAAAAUGUAUGAUCCUUUAUUUGAUGCUUUGCAUUUCGCUCGCAAACAUGUUUAAAAGAUACACACACGGGUGCGAGGUGAUCCUCAGGCUCGUCUCUUGCUUGCUACACUCAGACAACAAACUUGACUUGUGUGUGAAUCAGCUGUUUUGCACCUUCGUUACGUAAACGUUUUGAUCAGAGUCAUGCAAAAUGGAGGAAAUGAAUGUAAUGCCUGAAACAGAAAGUAAUCCCCUUUGUUAGAUAAGCAACUCUGGAUUUCAAAAUUCAAAGUAAUAUGACAGUGUAUCAAGGAAAACAUUAAAUCAACAGUAAUCACAAUUUUUCCACUUCUUUUAUAAUAGUCCAAAAUUACUUGACAUGGUCUCUUAAGAAAGGUCGAUCUAAGAAAUGUCUGGCCACUGAAAAGAGAUAAUAUUUACUCAUAGCUAAUGGAAAAAUCAAUCAGUUCCACAAAAAAAAGUUGUUAGUGGAGAUGACUGCAUAAACAAGGUGUCUGUUUGAGCAGGUUUCACUGUAUUUGUGUUCAUUUUUUUCUAUGUAAAUUUACUUUUAAAUGUCUGUUAUUGUAAUGCCUUAAUGUCCUGCUCACUGUUGUGGGAUAAAUGUGGAAAUAUUCCAAGUAGAUACAGUGUAUUUGUUUAACUUGUCUUGAAAAUGAAAUGUACUUGUCUUGAACACUCGAGUUUAGUUGUUAAAGGAGCAUGUAAUAAUUUGAAAACAUGUAUCUACGUAGUCAUUAAAUAUUUUUGUUUUUA